CCGGCUACUUCCGCUGCUGUUUCGUAGCCGACUGCUGAAGGCUGGUUUGCGUCGACAUGGCGGUUACCCUGAGUCUCUUGCUGGGCGGGCGCGUUUGCGCCGCCGUCACUCGCUGUGGGUUCGCGACCCGGGGGGUGGCGGGCCCAGGCCCUAUUGGCCGGGAGCCGGACCCCGAUUCCGACUGGGAGCCGGAGGAACGGGAGCUGCAGGAGGUGGAGAGCACCCUGAAACGACAGAAACAAGCAAUCCGAUUCCAGAAAAUUCGGAGGCAAAUGGAGGCGCCUGGUGCCCCGCCCAGGACCCUGACGUGGGAAGCCAUGGAGCAGAUCCGGUAUUUACAUGAGGAAUUUCCAGAGUCCUGGUCAGUUCCCAGGUUGGCUGAAGGCUUUGAUGUCAGCACUGAUGUGAUCCGAAGAGUUUUAAAAAGCAAGUUUUUACCCACAUUGGAGCAGAAGCUGAAGCAGGAUCAAAAAGUCAUUAAGAAAGCUGGGCUUGCCCACUCGCUGCAGCACCUCCGGGGCUCUGGAAAUACCUCAAAGCUGCUCCCUGCAGGCCACUCUGUAUCAGGCUCUUUGCUUAUGCCAGGGCAUGAAGCCUCAUCCAAAGACCCAAAUCACAGCACAGCUUUGAAAGUGAUAGAGUCAGACACUCACAGGACAAAUACACCAAGGAGAUGGAAGGGAAGAAAUAAAGAAAUCCAGGACCUGGAGGAGAGCUUUGUGCCUGUUGCUGCACCCCUAGGUCAUCCAAGAGAGCUGCAGAAGUACUCCAGUGAUUCUGAGAGCCCCAGAAGAACUGGCAGUGGUGCGUUGCCAAGUGGUCAGAAGCUGGAGGAGUUGAAGGCAGAGGAGCCAGGUAACUUCAGCAGCAAAGUAGUGCAGAGGGGCCGAGAGUUCUUUGACAGCAAUGGGAACUUCCUGUACAGAAUUUGAGUCGGGGCUUGGCUUGUGGAGAUGCCUCGUGAAACACAGCUGGGCAAGUAUUAAUGUAUAUGGAACAGCCUGGAUUUCUGCAUAUGGAUAAGCCACCUUGGAAUAGGAAGAAGUGUUGAGCCUGGACUGUGGGAGGAAAGAGCUGCGUGGAUAGAUUCAAACUUCCUGUAGUAGUGCUCCCAGUCUGACCUCUGUAGACCUUCAGUACUCACUCUUCUUGCUUAGGCUCUCUGUGUGUUGAAAACCAUCCCGUGUUGCAUGUGUUGUUACAAUUUUCUGUGAUACUUGCAAUUUAUGUUUGAGAGGAAGUGAAAAGUUUGCCUUCUGACCUCAUUUCCUUCUUGAUCAGUGAACACUAACAUUUUGGGGACAACUUAGUCAAUUGGUUUUCCUUACAACAAAAUAAAGUAAAAUGUAGCAGUC